CAAGCGUUCCGUCGCCUUGGUGGUCGCCCGGUUGCAGACCUCUGUCUGCUUCCAGGGCUGUGGGGCUCCAGAGGCUCAUCCCUGGAGGGCGGGAAGUCCUGGAGCAGUGCGGGCGUGACCGCGGGCUUUGCCCACAGAAACGCUUUCCAAGGGCUCCGGACGCAGACUAGGGGGCGUCUGGAGCCUGGUGUGGUGUCUCGUGCAGCCCGUCCCGUGGGAAUGGAUGCAACUUCGGGCGCAGGCGACUGGUGGGAAGUUGGAAUCGUGGAUUCGUGAGCACGCACUACGGGCGGCUAGGGACUGACAUCUGGGAUUCUCUUGGGUUGACACCAUUUGAGAAGAAUAAGUCACCAGCAGGAACUACCUAAGGGAACAUUUUUGAUAAAAUCUGUACAUGCUUCUCCUGGAGAGCAAGCUCUGUGUCAACCGUUUCAAGAUUCAUGUGUGGAAGCAUAAUGCCACUACAUAAGAAAGAGAAAGGAAGAGCGGUGCGGAGUAAGGCCUGAUUGUUGGUAGUGACAUGGAGAACAGGGCUGGCAUUUCAAACUACCAGCUGUUUUUACCAGUCACUACAUAACUCGAAUAGAAGCUAUGCAUACUGGCUGGUCAACAAAGCCAAGGAACAAAAGCUUAUGGCAGUUAAAACGGUCCCUCCGAGCCCAGGGCCUUCCCCCUGGAUUUUAACACCAUGGAUCUCUUCCUUUUCAUCCCAUCAGUCAUGUGGUACCUUUUUCUAUUUGAUGACAACAACCAAUACUUAGGAUCUGCCUGACUAGGGUUAGAGACCUUCUGAGUCACAGCUGAGGAAAAUGAAAUUUCCAUUUUAUUUGGUGCCUUGUGCAGGGAGCACACUGACGCUUCCAGAAACUUGUGUGUGAAAAAGAGGUUGAGUUUUGUCAAACAAACUCAUGGUUAUGGCGAGUGAUCCGACGUGAUCAGAGUGGACAAGAGCCACAGAGAACUCAUGACAGGCUAUACCAUGUUGCGAAAUGGGGGAGUGGGGAAUGGAGGUCAGACCUGUAUGCUGCGCUGGUCCAACCGCAUCCGGCUGACAUGGCUGAGUUUCACACUCUUCAUCAUCCUGGUCUUCUUCCCCCUCAUUGCUCACUAUUACCUCACCACUCUGGAUGAGGCAGAUGAAGCUGGCAAGCGCAUCUUUGGCCCUCGGGCUGGCAACGAGCUCUGUGAGGUAAAGCAUGUUCUAGAUCUUUGUCGGAUUCGUGAGUCUGUGAGUGAAGAGCUUCUACAGCUAGAAGCCAAGCGGCAGGAGCUGAACAGUGAAAUCGCCAAACUAAACCUCAAGAUUGAAGCCUGUAAGAAGAGCAUAGAGAAUGCGAAGCAGGACCUGCUGCAGCUCAAGAAUGUCAUUAGCCAGACAGAGCACUCCUACAAGGAGCUGAUGGCCCAGAACCAGCCCAAACUGUCCCUGCCCAUCCGACUGCUCCCCGAGAAGGAUGAUGCUGGCCUCCCGCCCCCCAAAGUCACUCGGGGUUGCCGGCUACACAACUGCUUUGAUUACUCUCGCUGUCCUCUGACCUCUGGCUUUCCUGUCUAUGUCUAUGACAGUGACCAGUUUGCCUUUGGGAGCUAUUUGGACCCUUUGGUCAAGCAGGCAUUUCAGGCUACAGUGAGAGCCAAUGUUUAUGUUACAGAAAAUGCAGCCAUUGCCUGCCUGUAUGUGGUGUUAGUGGGAGAAAUGCAGGAGCCUGUUGUGGUGCGACCUGCCGACCUUGAGAAGCAGUUGUAUUCUCUGCCACACUGGAGGACCGAUGGGCACAACCAUGUCAUCAUCAACCUGUCCCGGAAGUCAGACACACAGAAUUUACUGUACAAUGUCAGUACAGGCCGGGCCAUGGUGGCCCAGUCCACAUUCUAUGCUGCCCAGUACAGGCCUGGCUUUGAUUUGGUAGUGUCACCGCUUGUCCAUGCCAUGUCCGAACCCAACUUCAUGGAAAUCCCACCGCAGGUGCCAGUUAAGCGGAAAUAUCUCUUCACUUUCCAGGGCGAGAAGAUCGAGUCCCUGAGAUCUAGCCUUCAGGAGGCCCGUUCCUUCGAGGAAGAAAUGGAGGGUGACCCUCCAGCUGACUAUGAUGACCGCAUCAUUGCCACCCUAAAGGCUGUACAGGACAGCAAGUUAGAUCAGGUGCUGGUAGAAUUUACCUGCAAAAACCAGCCGAAGCCCAGUCUGCCUACUGAGUGGGCACUCUGUGGGGAGCGGGAAGACCGCCUAGAGUUGCUGAAGCUCUCCACCUUUGCCCUUAUCAUAACCCCUGGGGACCCACACUUGGUUAUUUCAUCUGGGUGUGCAACACGGCUCUUUGAAGCCCUGGAAGUGGGAGCUGUGCCGGUUGUACUGGGGCAGCAGGUACAGCUCCCGUACCAUGGCAUGCUGGAGUGGAAUGAGGCCGCCCUGGUGGUGCCCAAGCCACGUGUCACAGAGGUUCACUUCCUGUUACGAAGUCUUUCAGACAGUGAUCUGUUGGCUAUGAGGCGGCAAGGCCGCUUUCUCUGGGAGACCUACUUCUCUACUGCUGACAGUAUCUUUAAUACCGUGCUGGCCAUGAUUAGGACUCGAAUCCAGAUCCCAGCUGCUCCCAUCCGGGAGGAAGUAGCAGCUGAGAUCCCCCACCGUUCAGGAAAAGCAGCAGGAACUGACCCCAACAUGGCUGACAAUGGGGACCUGGACUUGGGGCCAGUAGAGACAGAGCCACCCUAUGCCUCACCUAAAUACCUCCGCAAUUUUACUCUGACUGUCACAGACUGCUACCGUAGCUGGAACUCUGCACCUGGGCCUUUCCAUCUUUUCCCCCACACACCCUUUGACCCCGUGCUGCCCUCUGAGGCCAAAUUCCUGGGCUCAGGGACUGGAUUUCGGCCCAUUGGUGGUGGGGCCGGGGGCUCUGGCAAGGAGUUCCAGGCAGCACUUGGAGGCAAUGUCCAGCGCGAGCAGUUCACAGUUGUGAUGCUGACCUAUGAGCGGGAGGAAGUACUCAUGAAUUCCCUGGAGAGACUCAACGGCCUCCCCUACCUGAACAAGGUAGUGGUGGUGUGGAACUCUCCCAAGCUGCCCUCGGAGGACCUUUUGUGGCCAGACAUUGGUGUUCCCAUCAUGGUUGUCCGUACUGAGAAGAACAGUUUGAACAAUCGAUUCUUGCCCUGGAAUGAGAUCGAGACAGAGGCCAUACUGUCCAUCGAUGACGACGCUCACCUCCGCCAUGAUGAAAUCAUGUUUGGGUUUCGUGUGUGGAGAGAGGCACGUGAUCGUAUUGUUGGUUUCCCUGGCCGGUACCAUGCAUGGGACAUCCCUCACCAGUCCUGGCUCUACAACUCCAACUACUCCUGUGAGCUGUCCAUGGUGCUGACAGGUGCUGCCUUCUUUCACAAGUAUUAUGCCUACCUGUAUUCUUAUGUGAUGCCCCAGGCCAUCCGAGAUAUGGUGGAUGAGUACAUCAACUGUGAGGAUAUUGCAAUGAACUUCCUUGUCUCCCACAUCACGCGGAAGCCCCCCAUCAAGAUAAAUACUACAUGGAGACUUGUUUGGACCAGUAACAUUGGCCAUAUAAGACUUUGCUGUCUGUUAAAUAUGGUGACAUGGAAAGACCCCUCUGUGACGUCGAGGUGGACUUUCCGAUGCCCAGGGUGCCCUCAGGCCCUGUCCCAUGAUGACUCUCACUUCCAUGAGCGGCACAAAUGUAUCAACUUCUUUGUCAAGGUGUACGGCUAUAUGCCCCUCUUGUACACACAGUUCAGGGUGGACUCUGUGCUCUUCAAGACCCGCCUGCCCCAUGACAAGACCAAGUGCUUCAAGUUCAUUUAGAGCCUUGCCAGUUCUGAGGAGAUGAUGAGCAGAGUCAGAGUAGUCGCUCCCAAGGUUCCCAGGUGUUGAAGGACCUUGGGGACAUUUGUGGGGCAGGGCCCAGACCCUUUGCUGGGGGAAGCAGCAGGAAGAGUGGAAAGGGGUAGCUGUCUUUAUCUUGAAGUCAGCCACACUGGGCCCACAAUCCUGGUCAACAGACUCAGGGCUUCUGCACAGGGCACUGACUGAUAGUGAACACUGAGGACUGUGGGGACUCCGAGGAGAGUCACUAAUUCAUAAGCCUGGAUGGCUGAUUCAUGGUUUUUAAAUUCAAUAACAACUAUUAUUAUUUAAAGAGAGAGUUUUCACAUUUGCCAUUCAAGGCUUAUUUAUAUGUGUGCAUAUAUGUACACACAUACGUGUAUAUACGUAUAUAUGCACACACAUAUACAUAUAUAUAUAUAUUUGGUGGGGUGGGGGUGCACCUGAAAUUUCUGCCAAUCUCUCCAAGGGAGGGACCUACCUGGCUAUGUAUUUAGUGGAGAGGGUCCUGACCCUUUGUUACGUGGACUGUCAUUUGCAGUCCCACCUUCCCAGUGGCACUGGCUACAGAAAUAAGCAGGAUGGACUUGGCCUAGGCAAGAUCUCCUGAUCUACUCUGACCCCUUUUUGUUGCUUCAGGGAUGCUGACACAGCUUCCCCUCCUGCUGGAGGCUGCGCAGUGGGGACUGCCGUGCUCCGGGCUUGAGGGCUGGUGUCAGGCAGCACUUACUUGUCAUUGGGUUUAUUGCUACUCUCCCGUACCAUCGCGUGUUUGAGAGAGAAUAAGGAAGCAAACAGUCAGGUAGGGAUAAGGCCUGUACUGCCCAAUGGCCUUUAGCUCACCCUCCUGUUGACACUGGUGCAGGGCACUGGUGGCAAGUUCCUAUAGUACUUGUUUCACUAGCAGAGACAACAGGAAAUUGGCAGGCUGGCAGGCCUCAGCAGGGAGCUUGUGUAGUAUAGAACUAGCCUGUGUGUCCUUUGUAGUUCCCAGAGUCUCAUAGCAAGGCACAUGCCUUGGAAUGGACAACUAGGUGAGCUCACCUUCCCACUUGCAUCUGGACUCCAUCCCAUACCUAUGGGGUUUAGACCCCUGAUGCUGUGUUGGUUCUGGGAUGUCCUAGAACCUGAAGACUGGGAUCUGCUGGGAGAGUUCUAGUCUGGUCUUGGGAGUUAACACUCACCCUCCCCCCCCAUUACCACUUUCCACACUCCCUGCUAUGGUUCUGUUCCCAGGGCUGAAAGUGAAAUAAGCUAAUUUGGGGUAUGGUGGCAGCAGGAAACUAGAAGCAUUCUGUUGUGUCAGGGAUUCAGUCUGUGACUUGUCGCUCAUGCCCCACCUGGUUGAAAUGGAACAGUGUUUCAAACAGCUGAACCAGAGCUCAGGGCUGUCCUGGUCAUGCACUUGCCUUAAGCCAGUCCCGUCUUCCUAGGCCCUGACAGGAGUGCUGCUGCUUUGGUCCUCUCCUGCCUGCUGUCCUGACUUCUUCUCUGGAGAUCCCUUCUGCUGUAGGGCUGGCAUGGCCUCCGGGAGUGAGUCCCUCUGGCCAGCAGGACCAGGCUGCUACAGAGUGCCACUGGUGUCUUCUCGAACCUUACACCAAGGGCUGGCUGCCUGAGACAUUUAGUCCUUGGCAACUCAGCAAAGGAGUCCAGACUCCUUACCCCAGCUUUCUGUCCUCUCACUGUUCCUUGUAGCAGUAGCCCUCUUCCCCCAGGGGAGCCAAAGAGUGUGGUGUUUUUUCCUAAAUAUGUGGCUGCUAUUUUGUCGUAUCUUUUUUUUUUUUUUACUUCCCAGUAUUGGGGGUGGAAGCCAGAGCUGUGGGUGGGCAUCCCGACAAUUGCUCUGCCAUGAGCCUCAUCCCUAUCUACCUUGUUUCUUUUAUUAUGAGAACUUGGAACUUGUAAAUUGACACUAUGGCACCCAAUGAGAAAGUUGGUCUCUAUGGCAGAACCCCUUUGUAGAGCACUGAAAGUUGUGGGUACUUAUGGGUAUCAUUGGAAUGUGUUUCAGGGAUGGUGAUGUCAGAGCAUCCUAUGGGGUAGCAUCCCUGGAUCUGGUGGGAACACUAACUGAAGGACCCUAGCAGCAAAUAUGCACAGUGAUUGUAUCUGAAGGACUCUCUGUGGCAAGAGGCAGAGAAAGCAGUUGGACACUGCUUGUCUUUUGGGUUGGGGAGCUAGGGGACAUGCUUGCAUGAUGUUCCCGCUACAAGCAUGGGGAGCCUGCCUGGUGUUUGAAGCAGGUCACUAUGGGUCACUUCCUAGUGCAGCCUCCUAACACAGGGCACACCUGGCUACCUAGUCUUAGCUUCCAGGGCCAGGACAACUUUUUCAGUUGCUCUUUAUCUUGAGGACAAGGGCCACCCACAGAGUGACAGUCCCCCAGGGUGCCUCAGGCCAGUGGACCACCUACAAUGCUCCUAUCUGGGGUGGCCUUGUUAGUGAGCAUGGAGCUGGAGGGUGGGGCUGCCUGGGGCGGCUCUGGUAACAUAAUUUGUCCAUCUGUCUGCCCUUUUCAAACCAUGAGCACAAAGGUCUUACGUUGGAUUUUUGUAAAAAAUGAAAUAAAUGGAGACUUUAACUCAA